AUGCUGGGAAUUGCGCCCGUGGUGACCAAGGGGUGCUUCACCAACGGUCUGAAGAUGGAAGAUGGGAAGGACGUCCCACCUGUCAAAUGGGCUGACGUUGACAAGUGCUCCAAAGCCGUCUUCGCGGCAAGCUUCCGCCAUGUCUCGCGCACGAAUGAUCAGUCAGAAGAGAGCAUUCAGAAGCACCUUCGUACUUUCGGUGCUUUCGUACUGCAUUGGAACGCGCAAGGCAGCACACGAAGCGGGACGGACGGGGCUCCGCUGACCCCGCCAGUUCCUGAAAUCUUGAACGAUAAACCGGUCUGUCGCGACACUUCAGUUCUCCAGAGAGACGAGGUCGGUCAUCUUGUGAUAAUGGCUGGGGCGCUUAUGGGUGUCCUGCCCAAAGUGGGCAAAGUUCACAAGUGGCUUCCGACAUACGGCUGUGCCAUCGUAGGAGUUCCACUGGACAUGAACCCUCAGGACGAGAGAGUGUCCUUAUGCGGCCUGGAUUCUUGGGAGUUUGCAAUGUCUCGAGGUCAAACUGGAAGCUCCGGAAGUUUCAAAAUCAGCUCGGCCCCGAGAACGGCCGCGCACCUCGAUUUAGGCGUGCAUUCCAAGUCUGAUCUCAAUGAAACUCUUGCCAUAUUCGGCGUGCUGCUUGAUAAAGCCCAACGCAAAACUGCGGAGAAGCGCUCAGCUGCAUCCGGUAACCAAGGUCAUCAGAGAACCCCCGCUUUCAUUCACGCUGUAUUUCGACAAGCCGUCCAAGCCGCCAGAGCCGCCAAACCCGAAGAAGUCUCCAGCUCCCAAUACGUGUCUUUCGGGGGAAUGACGGAGGUGGGCCUUCACACGCGGGGUCAGCCAAGAGACACCGCUUGGCCUUUAUUGCUGCGUGUCGCCGAAUUCUUCCUAGGGGACGACGCCCUUCUUGAGAAAUCCCUCGUGAACUUCAAGCUUUUCCUGCUCGAGUUGAGUUUGCAAUUGAGGCCCGCCCAGUAUGCGCAAGAUGACAUCGAUGAAGUAUUUGCCAUGAUCGAUGACAUCAGUCGAGCUGCUUUGAAGUUCGAUUCGGCCGGUUACGACAUCUCGCGGAUCACUGGAAGAGUCGUGGCCGCUCGAAACGCACUCGACGGAAUCGUUCAAGGCAUCUGUUCGAAAGAAAGCGCUGCCUAUCGCGUCACGGACAUUUCCGCCUCUCAGGCACGCUGGCCCGAACUACCCUUCAUCCCCGGUGCAUUCCAAGAGACUUGCCCCGGUGAGAGGGCCCUUUCGCUUUUCCGGCAGCAGGCUGUCAACAAUAGCGGAUGGAUCCCUGUUCCCCCGGUUGCAACGAGCGAUCGUAUCGAGGAGGUUUUGCUUUGGCUCCAGAGUCGCAGAAAGGAAGCCGUUGCCGUCAACCGCCCGGAUAUCCUUCUCCUUGCGCUCGCGGUCGCCAAUUCUGUCUUUUACGACAUAGCAACCAAGUUGAACAACCCGGCGUCGGAUCUCAUCGGCAGCGUCAAGAAAGUGAGCGAGUUGACCGAUCUUUAUUCGUCACUCUACAAAGAGUGGAUGGACAACAGAAGUGGCAAGGCCAAGCAUCUGAUGAUGGCAACGCAGCGCAGCAAGCGUCUUCUCGCUACGUGGAUCGCGUAUUGUGUUGUUCACAAAACGAACGCCAUGAAGUAUCAAUUGAUGCAGGGAUACACCACGCCAUUGGAAUGGACCGCGCUGAGUGUCCUUGUCCUCGACGACGCAGAUGCUAGCCAAGCAGCACGGGAAGUCGGACAGUACAUUCGCAAAGUCAACUCGAGCCACGGGAAACCGUUGUUUUCCCUGCAAGAUCAAGCUGGGACCUUCGACUUCGCCGAAAAGUACGCGCAGUCUGACAUAAACAUCAAGACGCGAUGGGAGAAAGAAGUUGCCGAUGCGUCGCAUAGGGCCGAUGUCUGGUGGGACGAGGUACAAGCGAAAAAGAAGGAAGUUGCCAAAUUACGUGCAUGUCUGCCAGAGUAUGAGCAAGCCGUGCAAGCGUCUCUGUCCGAUGAGAAGAGAGCCAGAGAUAAAUACGACAUCGAGCCGCGCGGGACCUUCAGAAACUACCUCCACAACGAAUGGCAGCGAGCACGUACCCGGACAAGUAACGCCCGCGGGAGCCUUUCCAGCUUCGAAAAGCGUAUAGAGAACGCCAAGAAGUCGCCCCCUUACGUCGUCAACCCGCUGCCGAGGGAAUUUCCGCUUGCUAGCGUGCCGAUGUUCUUCUUCGACAUGCCUCCAGAGCUCGACGUUAUGUCUCGGCUGGGCACCGAUGCGCAAGAGUUACUCCAUUCCAGCUUCCGGAUGAACAAGCCUGGUGGUCCUACGUGGGUCGAACACUACAACGCGCAUUCACAGGCUGGAAACGUGGCCCACCGCCACUUCCUGCAUUACGCCGUGGGCCUGACCAUCCCAACGUCCUAUGGUUCCACGAACGUUGACUACAUACACUCUUCGAAUGAUGGCAUGUGGCAUCCUUCGUCUUAUGUGGAUCAAGUGGGAUUGGAAUCGCAACUCAACGCGUGGUCACUGAACAUCGAAGUUGCUCGGAAAUUAUACACUGAGAAGGUUCCAGAAGCAUUUGGGUGCUUCCAGUGGAUGGUCGACCACCCCGCUGUCACGAAGGAGACCACUCGCGGCAACGCUGUCUUCAGCGCCCUAUCUGACCUGCCGAAAACCUUUCAUGUGUCGAGUCCCAUGAACAAGUUGGAAUAUCUGGCCCUUGCGUCUUCGCGGUCAUUCCCACACCGGCAGUUCCGAACCCUUCUGUCGCCCCUUCAAGACGGGAAGCUAGUCGCGGCUCAUCCGGCCGCGCUCUAUCAACUUGGGACCUUUUGCGACGACGCAAAGCGAGUUGACAAGCUGGACUUGGAGUGGCACCUGGACAUCAAAAACGACGGAGCACAAUCUAUGCGGGCUGUCCUUGCUGAGUGGGCUUCGCAGCUGCGAGAGAAGCCUCGCGAUCAUAAGUCCAUCCCGCUAUUGGGAGUUGAAAAAUUCAAACCUGACUCGAUACAAGUGUUGCGGCUGAAGGCGAAGGCAUGCCUGUUCGAUGGCUACGGUGUCGCUUUGUAUUCUCCCUUUACGAUCAUAACUGAUCGCGAUGCAGCUGUGCUCUGUAAGCUCACUGUACUGUUCAACUAUGGUCUCGCAUACGGCAAAGACGACCUCGAGAUCACAAGCGAUGAGGACGCAGGAAACAAGGGGCCUUUGGCCGGUAACGGUUCAGUCUCCGACCACGAAUUGAAAGACGAGAUCACCAAGCUGCAGGUGGUCGUUUCGCACGUCAUGGGCUACCAGACUCGAGACAUACUCAAAACACUCAAGCGCAAUUCACAAGCCUUGACGGACGCAAUGCGUGGAGUUGUCGAACACACUCCCUUGCAUCUGGAUUGGCGGCCGUACGUGUCCAACUCGGGGGAGGCUACGUUUUGCUUCGAAGCCACAGCAAACGAUGAACAUUUCUUCAUCAACGUCCUGAGCGGCGCUGCCUUGUGGAACGGCUCCCCGCCGGGACGGCUGCCGCAGCAGAUCCUCGGCUCCGCCAUUUACCAGCGCACCUACGGAGACCGUGAUUUCGAAGUUACGCUGAAUCGCCGAGGAACAUAUCAAACCACCAGGAAGUUCGAAGACCGGUUCUAUUAUCAAUUUUGCAUUCGGCCCGACAACGGUCGCGUUGUGAUUCGAGAGCUCGACGAUACGGACCAAACUACUCGCGAACUUAUCGAAUUCGGGAAAGGUGCUACUCCGUGGUUUGAAGGCAUCCCUCGCCGACUAAAGGAAAUGCACAGUCACUGGAUGUCCGCCGACGGCUCCUCCGUCGUCUUCCGUGACUUAGUUUUCAACAAGAGAAACAUCGACUUCUUCAUCCUCCGCGCCGGCGCUCAAAGUGCCUGCUUCCAAGUCCCGUUAUCCGAUCGGAACCUGCCGUUCGAGUCUUUACGUAGCCGUCGUCAAAGUUUCCCACGCUUCGUACAUAUUGCGGACGCUACUGCUUGCGAUGUUACACGAGCGCUUGCGAAAUUCGAGGACAAGCAGUACAUUCAUUGCCUGAAGAUCGCGAGGGAUGGACGUGAGCAGGUGAUGUUUCACCUACCCCGCUUCAAGCUCAUGUUUCGGAGCGAAGGGGAUAAUCUGACUAGCGUAGAGCAUAUGGGCUACAAACUGGCCGCCACACAGCAGCUCCCAGACACGUUACCGUUUUUCAGUCACUAUUUGGUCUUGGAGCAAAUCACCAAUGAUGAUUUUGCUGCGGCGCCGGUCAAACUGCUUGUGCCCGACGGCGACGUUGUCAUCAACGGGUGCGCUACUUCGGUUCUAUUGCCAUCGGACGCUAAUGCGAAACUCGAGUACUUUGCAUAUGACAAACAUCCCCGCUUGGAUUGUUUCGUUGCCAAAUCGAUCGUUUCAAGGCUACACCUUGCGGCCAUAUUUGCGGCAACGGGGACCCGACUGCCGGAUCGGCAGCUUUCUAUGACGGCUUCCGAGAAAGCUAUGGAACUUGUCAGGCAGAGCUGGGUUACUCGAGUUUUAUCACCCGCCGAGCAGGCCAAGUUGAAUCUCCUGCAGAAGUACGCUGCGCGGGAGCCUGGCCUGGCCAUCCUCUGUCACAAGUUGGAAUACGAAUCUCGGCAGUUGGCUUUUCUUCACGACGGUGCUGCGCAAGACGUUACCGGGACGGGCUUGUACGCGGACUGGAUCGCGGCCGCUGUCACCGAGUAUCGAAUGAUGGGGGCGGAUGGGGAGGAGGUCAACACUCUCCGACGAUGCCUUACGGUGGAGGAAACUCGGGCGCAUCUCGGCGGCCCACCUCGUCGCCGCUUUCCCCAUCAGGUCGGCCGGAUGCAUGUGACCACGGAACUCCCACCUUGUCCAUAUGAUCGUUCUGUCGGUCGUCAAAUCGAAAGUGAAUUGGAGGACAAGGUUUUCCUCAGAAACAAAUCCGCCAACACAACAUCAUUUCCGCUCACACUCAAUGACAAUGCCAUCAGACUCGAGGCCGAAAUGAUAAACGAGUUGAAGCAAAGUUUUGAUCAGCACCACAUUGGAGCUGAUGGUGGAGCGCUUGCAUGCGGAGGUGACGAGCCACAGAAAGAAGCUGGAGAUCCAUCUUUUCGAAUGUAUCGAGGCGGUUCCUGCGGGCGUGGACCACCGCGUGCAACUACUAAAGGCAGCCAACCGCCUGCCUUUGGGGGUGUAGCCGACCUCUUGCGCGUCGCCUUUGAUCGCACGAUCCUACCGCAACUGAACCCUUAUUUCACCGCUAAAUGCCGCGACGAGCUCUGGGAAAGAGUGAUCUGGUUCCUAGAGCUCUGCGAAUUGGAGGAUCGCCUCAGUCGCAUUGCACUCACGCUUGGCAACGAGGCGCAGCUCGUUCUCGAAUUGCAGCAAAAAAGGGAAUGGAGCACGAAGGAGCAUCCGAGAUGGCUCGUGUUUGAGGUAGAAGGCCGCAUUUCGAUCAGGCCCAUUCAGUAUGUCGUUGCCCGGCAUCAGAUCGAAAACGCGGGUUUCAUCACCCAGUUGAACAUGGGCCUGGGAAAGACACGAGUCAUCCUACCUCUCCUCAUUCUGCAUUACAUCACCGAAGCAGAGGAAGCCUCGAGUCGCAAGAAGCCAGUUAAACCGCGCGUACAUGUCCUCACGCCGCUUUAUCGUGAGGCGAUGGAUUUCUUACAUCGCAAUCUCACCGCAAGCGUUUUGGGUGUGCGUAUCGAAGAGCAACCUUUCGACCGGAGGGUGGAACUGACAGAAUCUCGUGUGCAAGUGUUGCGCAAGUUUGCAGAGCGACCUCGCGGAUGCGUGCUGGUAUCUCCGGAACAUAGGCUCUCAUUGGAGUUGAAAUGCCAAGAGUUGAGAUUGCAAGGGACCUCCCACGAACACUUGGCGGCUUUCUUGUCGGAGGUUCGGUUCAAGGACAUCUUUGACGAAAGCGACGCGUUGUUAAGCCAUAAGUAUCAGUUGAUCUACGCUGUUGGGGACGCGGCCUCUCUCGAACGGUGGUAUGAGAGAGCGAUCGUCGCUCAAACGUUGCUGCGGAUCGUGAAUACCAGCAAGACUGCUACUGCGCGGUUAUUUGAGCUUGGCGUGGCGGUUGCCGAUGAUAGCAGCCGUCUUUACGAGUGGAAAGGAUUCCGUUUGUGCGAACGAGAAGCCAUCGAUAUCUCCGUUUUGCGUCAAUUUCGCCGGGCCAUCGUUGAAUCGAUUCUCGAUGACAAACAUGAGGGCCUCGUAGGGAUCUCCUUGUAUGCAAAGAAAAGUACUGCUCAUCGGGAAGCACUCAUAGCCGCCAUUAUCAACUCGGAUAGCAGUAUCGACCCUCCCGAAGACAUGGAGGAAGAUGCGGAAAAGGCAUGUCUGCAUGCGCUACGUGGUCUGCUCGGAUAUGGACUGCUGGAAUUCGCACUCGAGCGGCGCAAUCGAGUUAACUACGGGAUCGACCGUGUGCACGAGCGAGACAAAAGGCUUGCCGUUCCGUUCCGUGCCGCUGAUGUUCCGUCAACGCGAAGCGAGUUCAGUCAUCCAGAUUUGGGCAUUUUGACAACAGUUCUGGCGUACUACUACGAUGGCAUUAGUCGCGAGGCCGUCACGAGUGCCAUCCAGGUGCUUCUGAGUCUGGGGGGCCCUGCGCAGAUCGCGGAAUACAAAAGAUGGUUGGAUCCGGUCUGGCCGGGCCUAUCACCGGACGAGAGGAAGAUGAUUGACGACGUGGCCAAAAUCGAUCAGUCAAACGCAAAUCAAAUGGAACUAAUGGUUCGCGUGUUCAGCCGUUCUAUGGAAUGUAUCAAUUUCUGGUUAAAUAGCGUCAUCUUGCAAGCGGAUACACAACAGUACCCGAAGCGCAUUGUCGCAACGUCGUGGGACCUGGCCAGCGCUGGGGAUGCAAAUGGAUUCAGCGGAACGAAGGACAACUACCGUCUGCUGCCACUGCAAGUGGAGCAAAACGAGCCUGAGGUACUGAAAUCAACUGAUGGGCGUAUGCUCGAUUGCAUCAUCAACCACACUCUACGCUACGAGACACUUCGAGGAGAGGAAGCAUUUUGGAAAACUCUUCUGAACUUUACUGUCGAGAGCAAACACAACGCGCUGAUUGAUACUGGGGCAUAUCCACGGGGGCAUAUCCAAGAAUGCCCUGGACGAGGACUGGACGCUCGAAACAUUGUACAAGAAUCCCAUCGAGCACGAUUCGCUGGCUACCGUCGUACGGAGCUGCAGGUUGAGGAGGAAGCCGAAGAGGAGGUUGAACGGCAGAUUUCUCCGCGAGAGCCGCGACUGGAGAAGGCCUGGGAUUACGCAUCAGCGGCCAACAAAGCUCAGACUGUGGAUGACUUGCGAGGCGCGGUUCAUAUCGAACCUUUGACCCAAGUAAUGGCAUCUGCCCUUGUGCCGAAAGACGCUGCUCAAGGGAUUUGGCACUCGCAAGCAGGAAAGCGGAUUUAUGCCACCGAAAACUUUUACACGACCGUGCAACCCAUCGACGGAACUACCUCUGCGGACUACCUCCGACCAGUUGAUUUGAUCCUUCUUUUCCGAUCCGGCGAUGUUUUGUUACUGUCUGACAUGGAAGCUGAUGGCAUUUUGCGACGAUUUCUAUUGCACACCACCAUGAAGUUCGGAACGACUCUGGUGAAUUUGUCGCAGUUGCGAUAUUACUGGGACACGCGUCGUAGCAAGUCCUCUAUCUUCAUCCCGCGUUUGAUGGUUGGAGCACCCAUAAGCCCGCCUUCAGACGAAAGUGUCUUGACGGUCCUACAAAUCAUCAAUGGCGAACCGAUGUUCAACACGGACGAUCGCAAGAACAUUCUAUUCGACAUGACCAAAGAUAAACGCACCCGCGACACCCUGUACGUCAUAGUGGACGCGCAUAGGAACAAACACAACCUUCCAUGCUCCGAUCUCCAGCACAUGUGCGGGUCCGAGCGAUGGUUGUUCCGGGAGAGGAAAGUGAUUUAGGGAGAUGGAGGGAAGAUCUCACAUCGGCAUUAGCACAAACCUUUAGUACGAGCGAAAUGUGACCUUGGAGCCCCUGAGGAAAUGAGUAAUGUUCGGCGUAAUAUGUUUUCCUUCGGCGUGAAUGAUCGUUUUAGUAGAUAUAGCUAUGUUCAGAGCUUUUGAUUCUUAGUGCAUCUUAAUGUUCACCCACUAUCGAUAUGCAAUUACAGUAUAUUGCUAUUCCGCG